CGGCAGCGCCGCCAUUGACGGACGACCGCCAUUAUAGAUUCCGUUGUGAGUGACCGAGUCUCGGCGAGUUGGCGAUCGCGAACUUCUUACGGAAAGCUCCGUCGCGUUUUCGACAUUACGCUCCGUCGUGCACUUGCCACAAAUUCGAAAGGAAGAUUAGAGAUAAGGAUAGAGAUAGGGAGGAGCGAAAGAGAAAGAGAGAGAGAGAGAGAGAGAGGGGCCGGGGAGAAAUUAAACAGAUAGAUCCUCUCGGAAGGAGCGGAACUCGAACGGAGCUCGCCCGGAAAGGCUCGGACAACAAGCGACGAUGAAAACGUACAGCAGGAAAAAGGGCGACAGCCCGAGCAACGUGAUCAUUCAUGUGAACGAGCUGUGCCGACUGUGCUUGGCCAAGGAGGAGGAGAUGGUGCCGAUCUACGAAGACGAGACCGUGCCGUUGCCGCUGCGUAUACUCGCCUGCGUCAACAUCGAGGUCUACGAACAGGAUGGCCUACCUAACAUGAUAUGUCAUCCAUGCAAAUAUCAGUUGGAAAAAUCUUACCAAUUCAGAAAAAAAUGUCAGGCUGCAGAUACCAAGCUGAGAAAACAUAUGAAGUUAAUACAGCAAUUGACUGGACAGGACGAAGAAGGCGAGAGCCAGGAUAGCAGCAAGGAUGAUUCGAAGGAAUCCACUACUGGCAAAUCUAAACAAGUUAAACAGUUGUUAGCUGAUCUAGUUUCGACCAAAGGUGAAAGUAGCCAAGCGGAUGGAGAUCCAAUCGAAGUGACAGAGGAGGAGCUUGUCGGUGGAUAUAUCUUGGGAAUGAAUUCUGAGAAUCCAGAAAUGGAAGAAACUGUUUCGGAGGAUCCAGAAAACAUUACAUUGGUGCCUCCUGAGGAACGAACGGCCAAAGCGCGAUGCACGAUCAGAACAACGCGUAUCAAGCAGGAACAAGAAUCUGAAGAUGAAGCGGAAGAAGUACAGAGAGCGAUCGCGAGCGCAGAUCACAAAAAUGUUUACAUGAUGGAACUUACCAGCAACAGUUCCACUCAAGGAGAGUCAUUAAAACUGCAGCCUAUGGGUGACACAAUAGUUGAUGCAAAUCCAGAAUUGAAGGUGUUCAAAUGCGAUAAAUGUCCAAAAGCGUUUACCCGAAGAAUAAUGCUGAAGAGUCAUCAGUCUGUACAUUCUACACAAAGAGGUUUUACAUGUCAAGCGUGUGAAAAAUGGUUCCCAACAAGAUCUGCGCUGGUGAGACAUGAACGUACACAUACAGGCGAAAAACCAUUUGGCUGCAACAUCUGUCAUCGUGCCUUUGCGCAAAAGGAGAUCCUAUUCCGUCACUUAAUGACACAUUCUGGUCAGAAACCUUUCCAGUGUCAGCACUGUGAGAAGAGCUUCACACAGCGGGAGGCACUUAAAGUGCAUAUGCGUCGACAUCAAAAGUUGAAUCCAAAUGAUAUUCAGCUGCAUCAUUGCCAGCUAUGUCCAAAGGCAUUCUGUCAUGCAUCAGGUCUUAGCAGACACUUGGUCACGCACACUGGCAGAACGUACAAGUGUGUCGAGUGUGAAAAGUCUUUCACCGAUAAAAGUUCACUAUUGAGACAUAGUCGUAUCCAUGCGCCCAAGAAAAUCAUAGCAAAUUGAGCAAUGAAUUUUUGUUGUUCAGUUUGCUAUGAUUUUCCUGGGAUGACCAGUGGAUACAAAAAUACUUAUUUGAAACUGACAACUAGAAUUAGACUUAUAAUUAAUGUUGCAUUAAUAAAAAAAAUCUCCAGAAUAGAUUUGCAAAGAAAUUAUUUCGUUGCAAUAGUUUAGUUGUAUAAUCCUUUUAUUUUUACAUAAGUAUAUUUUAUAUUAGGAAAUGUAACAUAGUUUUUUUAUCUUGGUCAUCCUUGUAUAAUUGCUAUGGAAAAUGGUGCGAUUUGAAGAGUAGAAUUUUGACCAAACAAUAUUUUUGUAUAUACAUUCUUCGAGGAAUACGAACAUACAUAAGGUAUAUGGAGUUUAAUAUUUAGCGAAUUUGAUCAUCUAUACUAUACUACUGAUGCAUACUGAAAAUUGCUAUAUAUAUAAAGUUAUUUUAAUAGACACGAUAUGAGCAUUUUGACGAAUUUUAAAUAUCCAUUAUUAUCGUCAUAAUUUGUAAUAGCAAAAUAUAUAUUGUCAAAGUGUUUAUAUUGUAUCCUUAUACUUAAUGUAUAGUGCAAUUUUCAAUGCACAUUGAUAUAGUGUAGUGUGGAUGAUUAAAUCUGCUGUGACUUUUAAAGAAUACAAGAAGUCUUUAAAUAUUAAGAAAUGUUGAAUGCAAUAUUAAAUAAAAAUAUGGAUAUAAACCUAAGUAAAGUACACAAUAUUUCAAUUACUCGACUUGUCCUUUGUGCAACAUAUACAAGGGUGAUUGAAAUAAACUUACUUAAUUUUAAGUUUUGAAUAUUCAUUCAAAUAACAUAGUUUUACUUUUAUAAGAUUGAAUCCCUAAUACAAUUGUUUAUAUUAUCAAUUAAAUCAUUACAUAUAAAAUAAAUCUGAAAUUAAAUAAUUGCAGCAUAUUAAACAUUACAGUCCAUAGGACUAUAGGACAUUUAGCAUUUUUGGUACAUUAUUAAAUGCAUUGAUAUAUAAUUAGUUAUCUACUUA